CUGAUAUCAAUCCGACUCUAGCUCUUGCCGUCCAUCGCAGGCCCCUAAUCCUGAUUGCAUUGCAUAUAUCAGCCCGCCCGCCCGCAACCAUGUCCGACGACGAUGACUUCAUGCAGGACUCGGGCGAGGAGGAGUACGACUUCGAAUACGAGGACGACGAUGACGACGAGACGGGCGAUGUCGACAUUGAGAACAAGUACUACAACGCAAAGCAGCUCAAGACCGACGACCCCGAGGCCGCCAUCGACGAGUUCUUGGGCAUGCCCGCCCUCGAGGAGGAAAAGUCGGAAUGGGGCUUCAAAGGGCUCAAGCAGGCCAUCAAGCUCGAGUUCAAGCUGGCGCGCUACGACAAGGCGGUCGAGCACUACAAGGAGCUUCUCACGUACGUCAAGUCGGCCGUCACGCGCAACUACUCGGAAAAGUCUAUCAACAACAUGCUCGACUUUAUAGAAAAGGCUGCAGAAGACGCCGACGCCUAUCGCUGCAUGGAGAAGUUCUACGCCCUGACGCUCGACAUCUUCCAGAGCACAAACAACGAGCGCCUGUGGCUCAAGACCAACAUCAAGCUCGCCCGGCUCUGGUUGGACAGGAAGGACUAUCGCCAGCUUACCGAGAAGCUCCGCGAGCUGCACAAGGCCUGCCAGCGCGACGAUGGCACAGACGACCCCAGCAAGGGCACGUAUUCAUUGGAGGUGUACUCGCUCGAAAUUCUCAUGUACGCCGAGACUAGGAACAACAAGCGGCUAAAGGCCCUCUACCAGCGAGCGCUCAAGGUCAAGUCGGCGGUUCCACAUCCCAAGAUUAUGGGCAUCAUUCGGGAAUGCGGUGGCAAGAUGCACAUGAGCGAAGAGAACUGGAAAGGGGCGCAGAGCGACUUUUUCGAGAGCUUCAAGAACUACGACGAGGCGGGAUCGCUGCAGCGCAUCCAGGUGCUCAAGUACCUGGUGCUCGCAACCAUGCUGUCGGGCUCGGACAUCAACCCGUUUGACUCGCAGGAGACCAAGCCGUAUCAGAACGAUCCACGCAUCUCGACCAUGACGGACCUGGUCAAUGCCUACCAGCUGGAAGACAUUCACGGGUACGAGCGGAUUCUGCAGAACAACCAGGACCUGCUGCAGGAUCCGUUUAUUGCCGAGAACAUUGACGAGGUGACGCGCAAUGUGCGCACCAAGGCCAUUGUCAAGCUGGUUGCGCCGUACACGCGGUUUACGCUGGCGUUUAUUUCCAAGCAGCUCAAGAUUUCGCUGGGCGAGGUGCAGGAGAUUGUGGGCUUCUUGAUUGUGGACAAGCGGCUGCGAGGCAAGAUCAACCAGCAAAAGGGCACGGUGGAGAUUGAGAGUAGCACCGACAUGGAUCGGGUGCAGGCGAUGAGGGAGUGGAGCAGCGCCAUUGGCUCCAUGUGGCAGACUGUGCUGAAUGAGGGCGAGGGUUUCAAGUCGGACGAGAGUGCGUCCCAAUUUACACCUGGUGGGCCGUCUGGUAUGGGAUGGAACCAGAGCUCCAUGGGCGGCGUCAAGGUGGGGUGGGCAAAGGGCAAGGGUCCUGGGCGGCAGGCGGGCGUGAUGAGCAAAGGAUGACUUGCAGCAUCGGUCGCGCGCUUCACAAGACGACCUGGAACUGGGUUGCCGGGACACAGGACGGAACACUGGCGGUUGCACGUUGGCGUUGGCGAGGCGCUCCUCACCUGAAGAGCGACAUGAGACAUGCGGGCGGGCAGGCUGGGGGGGGGGCGACGCAGUUUGGUAGCACGAAGCAGGCGGGCGGGCGGGCGGGCUGGGACGAGUUUGGUGCAUGUGCGGCGGACAUGCUCGGUCAGGCAGUGGUCAGCUGGCUGUAUGCAACACGGCCUCGUUCAGUCAUCAAUGCAACAAUGGAAAAGAGCUGGCAGCGCG